AGUGACUGGUCUAUGGAUUAUCCUCCUGACCUUAAAGAUGGACGCCCCUCCAGAGAGGAGAGAAGGACGCAGGAGAGAGCAGACUCCCCUGGACCCAGCUGUGUCUCCAUGAAGAGUGACGGGUCUAUGGGUAUGCCUCCUGACCUUAAAGAUGGACGCCCCUCCAGAGAGGAGAGGUAGGAGUUUCAAACAGACGAUGAAAACAGACCGGUUUUUUGUUAUCAGACUCUACUGAUACAGAUUUUUACAGGUCAGGAGAAAACAAUAGAUUGUUUGUGUGUGUGCAGGUUGUCCAUCUCAGAGCUCAGCAGUGAUAAAUCAUGACUCCAUCAUUAGUCUUAGUAACAGCUGUGUGUGUGUGUGUUGUUGUUAUCAGACUCUAAUGUUACGUAUUUUAAGCACAUAAGCUGCCCCCACAUAGCCACUAGGAGGCAGGAUCGAACACCCAAGCUGCAUUACCCCCACACAGCCACAAGGGAGCAGGGUCAAACAUGCAAGCUGUAAUAUCUACCCCAGCCACAGAAGGCAGCAUCUUUAAGACAGACGUGGAAGCUGCAGCUAAGGCGUCACAUAGGCCACGCCCACUUCACAUAGGCCACGCCUACUUGGAUCAUUCGCAGCGCCCGGAGCCAGAGGAGGUCAGAGACUCACAGGCAGCAGAGAGACUCGGGCCUAAGCCCGGAGCUCGAAGUAGCUCACGGUAUUACUCUCUACGAGUGUUGGAUACAAUUCCCUCCCUUUUGCUUCAUAGUUACCAUACCAAAAUACUUAAACAAAUAAAGUGAGUUGAAAGCGACCUGUUUCGAACUACUUUCAACAAGAACACAACAAUACUGAUACUGAUGUUUACAGGUGAGGAAAAAACAAUUGGCUGUCUGUGUGUGUGUGAGUGUGUGUGUUUGUGUGUUCCCCACAGACCACACCAGAAGAAUUCAAAGGUUACCAGGCCUGUACAGAAGCAUCAAACAGAGCUGAUAAAGAGGGCUGAGGAGAACGCACAAGCUUUUCUAGACAAGGAGCUGAAGAAGCUCUGGAGGGAUCUCUUCUCAGAUUACCCACAAUGCUCAGAGGGUCAGAGAGUGGAGGGGGAGGAGGUGGAUGGUAAGAAGGAGGAGCAGAGGAGGCGCGCCAUAGAGGGAGUGGUGGACAUCACAAAGCUCUGCCUGAUGGAGAUGAACCAGGAGGAACUGGCCGACACACUGUGGGGCGGAUCUGCUGCUGUCGAGUGCCAAAAUAAAAUAAAGUCUAAUUUGCAGAAGAAGUUCAGGUGUGUAUUUGAGGGAAUCGCUACAGCAGGACAUUCAACACCUCUGAAUGACUUCUACACAGAGAUCUUCAUCACAAAGAGAGGCAGUGGAGAGGUCAACCAGGAGCAUGAGGUCAGACUGAUUGAAACAGGUUCCAGGAAACCAGCCAAGGAGGAAACACCAAUCAGAUGUGAGGACAUCUUUAACCCGUUACCUGGACAAGAUAAACCGAUCAGGACAAUAAUGACAACUGGAGUGGCAGGCAUUGGUAAAACCGUCUUAACACACAAGUUCACUCUGGACUGGGCUGAAAACAAGGCCAAUAAAGGCAUACACUUCACGUUUUUCUUCACUUUCAGAGAGCUGAAUUUACUGAAAGGGAAAGAGUUUAGCUUGGUGGAACUUCUUCAUCACUUCUUUAUUGAGACCAAAGAAGCAGGAAUCUGUAGAUACGACCGGUUCAAAGUUGUCUUCAUCUUGGAUGGUCUGGAUGAGUGUCGACUUCCUCUGGACUUCCAGAGAAACCCGAUCUGUACUGAUGUCACAGAGGUCACCUCGGUGGAUGUGCUGAUGACCAACCUCAUCAGGGGCGACCUGCUUCCCUCUGCUUGCAUCUGGAUAACCACACGCCCUGCGGCAGCCAAUAAGAUCCCUGCUGAGUGUGUUGACAUGGUGACAGAGGUGAGAGGGUUCACCGACACACAGAAGGAGAAGUACUUCAGGAAGAGAUUCACAGAGGAGACACUGGCCAGCACAAUCAUCGCCUACAUCAAGAAAUCACGAAGCCUCCACAUCAUGUGUCACAUCCCAGUCUUCUGUUGGAUCACUGCUACAGUUCUGGACAACUUCUUCAAAACAUCCAAGCUAGGAGAAGAGAUGCCCAACACCAUGACUCAGAUGUACAGCCACUUCCUGAGGGUCCUGUCCAUACAGGGGGACAGGAAGUACCAUGGGAGAUCUGAAACAGAUCCACACUGGAGUUCAGAGAGCAGGGAGAUCAUUGUUUCUCUGGGAAAACUGGCUUUUAACCAGCUGGAGAAAGGCAACCUGAUCUUCUACGAGGCAGACCUCGCAGAGUGUGGCAUCAAUAUCAGAGCAGCCUCAGUGUACUCAGGAGUGUUCACCCAGAUCUUUAAAGAGGAGGGUGGGCUGUACCAGGACAAUGUUUUCUGCUUUGUCCACCUGAGCAUCCAGGAGUUUCUGGCUGCCCUUUAUGUCUUUCUGUCAUUCAUCGAUACUCGGGUCAAUCUGCUCUCAGGACAACGACAAUCCUGGUGGUCUAUUAUUUUUAGAAACAAAGGAAAUGUCAAUCUCUACCAGAGUGCUGUGGACAAGGCCUUACAGAGUGAGAACGGACACCUGGACUUGUUCCUCCGCUUCCUCCUGGGCCUCUCUCUGGAGACCAAUCAGAUUGUCCUACGAGGUCUGCUGGGAAAGACAGUAAGUAGCUCAAAGAACAGUGAGGAAAUGGGCUCUUACAUCAAGGAGAAGAUUGGUGGAGAUCUAUCUGCAGAGAAAAUAAUCAAUCUGUUCCACUGUCUGAAUGAGCUAAAUGACCGUUCUCUAGUGGAGGAGAUCCAACAGUACCUGACUUCAGGAAGUCUCUCCGGAGAACCUCUCUCCCCUGCUCAGUGGUCAGCUCUGGCCUUCAUCCUACUGACAUCAGAAGAGGAGCUGGACGUGUUUGACCUGAAGAAAUACUCUGCUUCAGAGGAGGGUCUUCUGAGGCUGCUGCCAGUGGUCAAAGCCUCCAAAACAUCUCUGCUCAAUGGCUGUCAUCUGUCAGAGAGAUGCUGUGAAGCUCUGGCCUCAGUUCUCAGCUCAGUCUCCUGUAGUCUGAGAGAGCUUGACCUGAGUAACAAUGAUCUGCAGGAUUCAGGAGUGAAGCUGCUCUCUGCUGGACUGGGGAGUCCACACUGUACACUGGAAACUCUCAGGCUGAAUAGCUGUCUGUCAGAGGGAUGCUGUGAAGCUCUGGCCUCACUUCUCAGCUCCAACUCCUGUAGUCUGAGAGAGCUGGACCUGAGUACCAACGAUCUGCAGGAUUCAGGAGUGAAGCUGCUCUCUGCUGGACUAGGGAGUCCAGAGAGAUGCUGUGAAGCUCUGGCCUCAGUUCUCAGCUCCAACUCCUCUAGUCUGAGAGAGCUGGUCCUGAGUACCAAUGAUCUGCAGGAUUCAGGAGUGAAGCUGCUCUCUGCUGGACUGGGGAGUCCACACUGUACACUGGAAACUCUCAGGCUCAAUGGCUGUCAACUGUCAGAGAGAUGCUGUGAAGCUCUGGCCUCAGUUCUCAGCUCCAACUCCUCUAGUCUGAGAGAGCUGGACCUGAGUACCAAUGAUCUGCAGGAUUCAGGAGUGAAGCUGCUCUCUGCUGGACUGGGGAGUCCACACUGUACACUGGAAACUCUCAGCUUGUCUGGCUGCCUGGUCACACAGGAAGGCUGUGCUUCUCUGGCCUCAUCUCUGAGCUCCAACCCCUCCCAUCUGAGAGAGCUGGAC